AUGUCCGCUCCAGCUCUGCUCAGGCUCGCUCGACCUAGAGUCACCAACCCACUUCGAUCGUCAUUAGCCAGAGGCUACGCUACUGAGCUCAAACCCAACUUAUCAUACACCAAACCCACCCAUCCCGACUCCACCGCCUCUUCCCACACGUCCACCCAAAACAUCAUAACUGAUCAUUCUCAAUACCUACUCAACACCUACAUCCGACCUCCUAUACUCAUCACUAAAGGAAAAGGCCUGAUCCUUACAGACACCCUCAACCGGGAUUACCUAGACUUCACAGCUGGUAUAGCAGUGACCGCUCUGGGUCACUCAGACGAAGGUAUCAACCAAAUUAUCAAUGAACAAUCCUCCAAUUUGAGUCACGCAAGUAAUAUAUAUUGGAAUGAACAUGCUGGUGAACUCGCAAAAUCCCUAGUGGAAAAUACAAAGAAGUUCGGUGGUCUAGGUUUUACUUCGGGUGGUACUUCAUCUAACGAUGAAGCUCAAGCCAAAGUGUUCUUCUCGAACUCUGGUACAGAAGCUAACGAAGGAGCCUUGAAAUUCGCUCGAGCCCAUGGAAAAGUUACAGGAGGAGAAAACAAAACUGGUAUAGUAUGUUUUACGAAUGCGUUCCACGGAAGAUCGAUGGGUGCAUUAUCAGUUACGCCCAAUCCAAAAUAUCAAUCCCCUUUUGCACCUCUUAUACCUAAUGUCAAAGUGGGCAAAUACAACGAAACUUCCCAAAAGGCUAUUGAGGAGCUGAUAGAUGAAAAUACCUGUGGAGUGAUAUUGGAGCCUAUCCAAGGUGAAGGUGGGGUUGAACAGGGAGAUAUAGAAUUUUUGAAGUUGGUUGCGAAGAGGGCUAGGGAGGUCGGAGCUGUUUUGAUAUAUGAUGAGAUUCAGUGCGGUCUCUUCAGAUCGGGUAGCAUGUGGGCCCAUUCCUCCUUCCCUGUCGAAGCUCACCCCGACAUAAUCACGAUGGCCAAACCCUUAUCCAACGGAUUCCCCAUCGGCGCCAUCAUGGUCCGUUCCUCGAUCGCCGAGACCAUCACACCAGGAAUGCACGGUACGACCUUCGGUGGUCAACCCUUAGCCACUGCCAUAGGUGUUCACGUCCUAUCCCGUCUAUCGGAUCCAUCAUUCCUCUCUAAUCUCAAAGAAACUUCAGAAUACCUAGGUGAAAAGAUGAGAAGACUUCCUGAACUUUUCCCAUCCUUGAUUCAAGAGAAAUUACGAGGUAGAGGAUUGAUUAGAGGAAUAGGCUUCAAGGAUAAUACCAGACCUUCCGAACUGGUUAGACUUGCUAGGGAACGAGGUGUAUUGCUUUUAACUGCUGGAUCGGACGCUGUCAGGUUCGUACCCGCUUUGACGGUUAGUAAAGAACAGAUUGACCAGGCGAUGGGUGUCAUUGAGAGUUGUUUGAGUAUUAUCGUUGAGGGUGAGAAGGCUUAA